AUGAGCCGCGCGGUGCUGGCCUGGCUGGCGCUCUGCGGGAGCCUGGCGGCGCCGCGCCCCGCCCGAGCGGAUGUGUGCGACUCCAACCCCUGCCAGAAUGGUGGCAUCUGCCUGUCAGGGUUCAAUGACAACUUCUACUCCUGUGAGUGUCCUGAGGGCUUCACGGACCCCAACUGCUCCAGCCUUGUGGAGGUUGCCUCCAUUGAAGAGGACCCAACUUCAGCAGGACCCUGCCUUCCCAAUCCAUGCCAUAAUGGUGGGACGUGUGAAAUUAGCGAAGCAUACAGAGGCGACACGUUCAUAGGCUAUGUUUGCAAAUGUCCGCAGGGAUUUAACGGGAUUCACUGCCAGCACAAUGUGAAUGAAUGUGAAGCUGAGCCCUGCAGGAAUGGUGGAAUUUGUACAGAUCUUGUUGCCAACUAUUCCUGUGAAUGCCCAGGUGAAUUUAUGGGAAGGAACUGCCAACAGAGGUGCUCUGGCCCACUAGGGAUAGAAGGAGGGAUUGUGUCCAACCAACAGAUCACUGCAUCGUCCACCCACCGAGCUCUUUUUGGACUCCAGAAGUGGUACCCCUACUAUGCACGGCUUAAUAAGAAGGGUCUUGUGAAUGCCUGGACUGCUGCAGAAAAUGACAGAUGGCCAUGGAUUCAGAUAAACCUGCAGAAGAAGAUGCGAGUCACUGGAGUUAUAACCCAAGGUGCCAAGAGGAUUGGAAGUCCAGAAUACGUAAAAUCUUACAAAAUUGCCUACAGUAAUGAUGGGAAGUCAUGGACAAUGUACAAAGUAAAAGGCACAAAGGAAGACAUGGUGUUCCGUGGGAACGUGGACAACAACACCCCGUACGCCAACUCCUUCACACCACCCAUCAAAGCCCAGUACAUCCGGCUGUACCCCCAGGUGUGCAGGAGGCACUGCACCCUCAGGAUGGAGCUUCUGGGCUGCGAGCUCACAGGUUGCUCUGAGCCCCUGGGGAUGAAAUCAGGACACAUCCAGGACUUCCAGAUCACUGCCUCCAGCGUUUUCCGUACCCUCAACAUGGACAUGUUUGCCUGGGAGCCCAGGAAAGCCCGGCUGGACAAGCAAGGCAAAGUUAAUGCCUGGACCUCUGGCCACAGUGACCAGUCACAGUGGUUGCAGGUUGACCUGCUCAUCCCUACAAAGAUCACUGGAAUAAUCACCCAAGGAGCUAAAGAUUUUGGCCACGUCCAGUUUGUGGGGUCCUACAAGCUUGCUUACAGCAACGAUGGGGAGCACUGGAAAAUAUACCAGGAUGAAAAGCAGAAGAAGGACAAGGUGUUCCAGGGGAACUUCGACAACGACACGCACCGCAAGAACGUCAUCGAGCCGCCGAUCUACGCGCGGCACGUGCGCAUCCUGCCCUGGUCGUGGUACGGCCGCAUCACCCUGCGGUCCGAGCUGCUGGGCUGUGCUGCCGAGGACUGA